UGCCCAAUUUUCCGCCUCGUAGGGUAGUCAUAUUUGCGGAACCCUUUUAGUUUAAACAGACCAAGGCGGCCUUCCGCAACGGGAGGGGCUGUUGAAGACUUGUGGGAGGAGCUGUUGAUGACGCCACACGUGCGAGCCACUGGUGGUGCAUAAACAGGAAACAGCUGAUAGCAGGAAUGAGCAGCUAGUACUAGUAGCAAGAGGGAAAAGCAAACCUGACAGACGCUGUAAAGAUGAGCAGCUGGGGAGACAAAGAAUUGCAAAAACAAACUGAGUAGCAGGUGGCACCUUGUACGGUAGCCUCGGCCACCAGUGUAUGAAUGUGUGUGUGAAUGGGUGAAUGUGACUCGUAGUGUAAAAAGUGCUUUGAGUGGUCACUAGAUGACUAGAAAGGUGCUAUACAAAUGCAGGUCCAUUUACCAUUUACGCCCUCCCUGUCUUCGCAAAUGAAGAGGCCAUUAACCGGCAGAUGACGGGGACGGUGAGGGACGGGCCGACUUACGAUAGAAUCACCGAAGGACUUACCAGCCGCGGCUUCCCUUGGAGCAAGGGGCAAGUCAUUAGUAAGUUAAAGAAUGUGAAGAAAAAGUUUCACAAAGUGAACGACCACGACAGAGGGAGCGGCAGGGGACAGCUCGACUGGCCAUAUUUCAAUUUGUGCCAGAGCAUUUGGGGCUCGGCAAACCCAGUGUCCAUUCAUGGCAGCUUGAAUGCGAUACCACCAGCUCCUGCCUCCCCAGCAUCUACCAAGAGAAGCGAUGAGGAAGCUGACAGCCAGAACGUCGAAAACGGCACAGAAAGCCAAACAGAUCAAGUGCCACCGUCGGCGAAGCGGCGAAAAGCAACAAAGGCGCAGCUAGUGGCCCAAGAAAUUACAGACUUGAUGGAGGCCAUGGACCGUAAGGAUGACGAGAGAGAGCGGAUUCGCCCUGAACGACAGGUGGCUCAUGAAGCUGAGCUGCAACGAGAGGUGCAAGAGGCAGUACGGGAGGAAGACCGACGGGAACGGGUGGAACAGUUCCUUAUGCUGGCAGGCAUGUUCCAAGAACAGGCAACCCUCAUGCGGGACUUGAUCAACUGACUGCCGGUUCCUGCACCACAGCACCUCACCACUAUCGUCCACCUGUAUUUAUAUGAUAAUCAGAGAACAUUACAUUGCCAUUCAGUGUGUUGUUCAGACAGCGUACUUCUUUUUAACAUAAGUGGAGAGCACAAUUAGUCUGGGACAGGUGAUAAUUGUCUUGAAAGAGGCAAGUAUUGUGUGGGGUCAUGUGAAUGGAAAGUGAAAAUAAUGGUAAAUAGAGAGUAUUAUAACCUUGCCAUUCUGAGAUAGAUAUGCUACUUAUUUUAAUACAAGUGCAGAUGUGAUAAUAGAAUGUACCACUAGCUCACAACAAGGAGCUUUUUCCUCUAACAGAAUGGGAUCAUUUAAACAACUAAAACUUAAUGAAAAGCAUCACUUACUUAGUCUUUCCAGUAUCUUUAUUUACUGGCAUUAUGUCAACAGCCAUAUAGUGUCAAAUCAAAUAAAAUAAAAUCAGUAGUCCGUGCAGAAUUCAAAGAAUGGACAUAAUAGCUUCACGGACAGCUUGAUGAGCAGCACGUGUCUGUGCAUGUGGAUGAGCAGUAUGUCCAGGAUAUGCACGGAUGUGGUCUUCAACCAAGGUCCACUCCGGUAAGAAAUCAUCUCUCUGGAGCUCACAAAUGUUGUGGAGAACAUGACAUGCAAGUACGACGUUAGACACAGAGGCAGUGGAGAUGUCAAGUCGCUUGGCCAGGCCCCUCCAGCGACCUUUGACAUGUCCAAAGGCAUUUUACACAACCACCCUUGCUGAACUGAGGCGGUAGUUGAAAGUCUGCUGCUGUUGAGUGAGUGCAUGAUGGUAGGUGAACCCCUUCAUCAUCCAUUUUCUAAGGGGGUAUGCAGGGUCUCCGAUGACAUGCACGGGGAUCUCCACAUCAUCAACAGUCAUGGACACCUGGAACAUGAGAGUCAUACAGGUCGAAGUUAAAUAACCUAAAAAUAUUCCCCACAAAAUUCUAUUGUAGCUGUAGCCUUUAGGGCCAUAUAUAGCUUAUAUCGGCCAAUGAUGCUGUAGUCACUACAUAAAACCAAAAAUUUGAGAACCACUGGCCGUUUAGUGCUUAGGCCUACUGCUGAAUUUGGCAGUUAGCAGGGCAAAUGCAUGCACAGGGAGUAGGUGUACAUGGCAAAAAUGGCCUGGCUUGUACACGGACCUGUUGGUCUGGCUCCCUGACCAAUGUGUUUGAACAAAGAUACAUAUAUAUAUAUAUAUACUGUAUAUGUAUAUGUAUUAUUCUAUCGGCGAUAGAAAGGUUGUUUCACAAUGUCUUUUUUAAAUGACGAUGCAAUCGCGAGGUGUGGGGCGCAUGCUGACGAGAUUGAGGCUGAACGAGGCUGAGUGAGAGGAGACAGAGGGAGACUACUUAGUGAGAGAGCAGGGGGGGGAUCAAGGCCUCUGCCCCUCAACACUAAUGCGCAUGUCGCGGAGCGGUGAACAAACCAAACAACACAAUGUCAGGAGAAACUGAAAAGAUAUGCCGUCUAUGUAAAGUCAACUUGCUAAUUAAGGAGCCGUAACAUGUUUAGCAGGCCCCAAGGCACUGGGGCAACACAUUCUCUCUUUGUUAACACUGUUGUCUGUAAAACCACGUGAGCAUGCCAAAAACGUGUGUGGUAGGUCCUGAUCUUAACUUUCAGAAAGACACAGCCAAUCUCUUAAAUAGUCCAGGGGCC